CCAUUAUACAGUAGGCCUAUAGCUUAAUGUGUUAAUUUUGUUCACGCCUGUGGAAGCGCGCACCGGUUCAGAAAUAGCUAAUCAUUUUAGAUGCUUUAUGCUUCCAGUAUGGAAUGUCUGUAGUGCCGGCGUGUCCAAUGGCAUCCGAAGUGACAGUCCGGAGUGCCACUGUUGGCCAGAGGCGCCGCGCACAGCAAUACCUCCACUAGGAUCCUGUGGUUGAUUCUCUGGAUAUCAGGGAGUGAAGUAGGGAAUCCUGGGGACCUCUACCUCUAUUGUUUCUUUUCUAUCUUAUGCCAAAUGUAAAAUAGACAGCAUAAAAGGCGUGCAUAAUGCAAUGGAAACAAUGGACGCGUCCGACAAAAAUCGAACUUACCCAAAGUCCACCGUCGUGUUAAAAAAGUGCAUGCCAGAUAUCACGGAUACCACUGGGACGCAAGACGAAUCGAAGUGCGUCGAAUUGAAUGAUUUACUUGACAUAGAUACAGACGACACCAACACUGUCACCGGUGAGGGGAGCCAAAUGGCGAUUGACGAGGGCAACGGUGGCUCGAGAGCAGAAGAGAAAACUUCUGGAGACGGAGACCUGAUGAGUAAUGUGACUGGUCAUAUCAACGGCGACAAAUUAAAGGAGGAUAUUAACACAAAGGAGUGUGCCAAGGGCUAUCUAUCAGGGUUUCUUGGAACUGUCUGCUUCUCCGAGGUUCCUAACCUGAAUGAAAUCAUGAUGGACUCUCCCGAAUCCCCUAGAUACGUUGGUAAUAGGGAGGUCACCGCGGAGUGGACACCGGAAAAGGACGCGUUUGAGGAUGCAGAAAAUAUGCCAAUUGACAAUGAAGAUUUACAAUACACUGACAUGUUAAGCGGGCAAAGUGAAUCGGAUGAUGAUGUGAGCUUGGUGCUGACCGGUGAUUGUGAAGAUUGCGUGCCUUGCAGUACCGUGGAGGAUGAGCCUCAUUACAUAACCACGCACGAGAUCCAGCUCUCCGAGCUUUCAGAUCACGAUGUCGAUAAUGAUAUCGGACAGGAGUGGGAUGAUAACCAGAUCUACUCUUUCGUAGAUUAUGCUGCUUUUGACGGCGAUGGAACGAUGGCAGGAAGAGAGAAGAGGGUGAAAAGCAAUCAGGGUCAGGCUAAUAGCGGUGCGGCAGUCAGCACUAAGCUGGAAAGUGAUCUCGGGGACAGGGACAAGUGCGCCAUCUCAGAUGAAAGUCUGUCAAAGAACCAAAAUAAUGUUAUAGGACAGAUCCACCUGUCAAUCAAAACGACUUCUCGAGCUAUAAAUGAGCCUAGCAACGUCCAAGAAAAUGAAAAUAUUACUUAUCAUGCCAAGCACGCCGGAGACAUGAGUCGCUACGUUUUUAGAGGAGCUGGUGAUGCAAAUACGGAGAAUGUCUGUGAUAGCGCUAAGUGUUUCAUAGCCGCCCCCGGACGCUUGCACUUUGGCAAGAAUUUAAAAGGCAAAGAUGUUAACGACUAUUCCAGCGGUGCGUCCAGCGCCGUCAGUGAACUUGACGAUGCGGAUAAGGAAGUGCGCAAUUUGACUGCCAGAGCGUUCAAGAGUUUAGCAUACCCAUAUUUUGAUGCCAUCAAUUUCAGUACCUCCAGCGAGUCCUCCGCCUCCGAGCUGGGGUUGAACAGGUGGUCAACUUUUGUUGACCUUAAAUAUGGCAACAUGAACAUGUCUCAGGGACGCGAACCAAACACAGGGUCUCAUAAAAGUUCCACGUCAUCCUCUGAAAUUGCUAAGAAUAAAGACAAUAAAGGAUAUAAGGGUUUGGCAUUGGCUAGUACAAAACCGCCCCCGAACAAGCUCUUUGCAUUGAAUGGUGCUCUUUCUGGUCCCUAUAACGCAUCUUCUGCAGCAAAGAAACUUGAGCUUAUGGGAAAAUUUGGGACGGGGCACGGUGGAGUUAUCACGCUCACAGAAACAUUAAAUAUUCGUUGUAAUGUCAAAUCAGGACUGCCUGGGAGUGAAAGGCGCUCGAAAUUUGCACAAAACGUAACAGGAUCACGUUCCACAGAUGAAGUUACCAGCACCUUGCCAAGCGGCCAGGGGAAUGAGGCCAGCAAGCAACCCUGUAAUGCAGGGGAAACCAUGGAAGGCACACACAAGAAAGCAAUAUUCGCCUCGAGCCUUCUUAAAAAUGUAAUUUCUAAGAAAAUGCAGUUUGAGCAGGAGCGCAAAAUGGAGAGGGGGGAGAUACGCGAGUCCUAUCACGCUCCAUCUCACUGCCUUCUCCAACAAGAGCCUGAAAUUGCGCACAUGGAGAGGGAGAGGGCUACACCGAAAGAGUCCAAGGAUUUCCAAAGGCAAAGCCCGAAAUACUCAGAGGCGAGUUCUGACUUAACUAUUGUUUGUGUCGAUGAACUAGGGGACUUAGUGGACACUAGCUCGUGCGAUGCCAAGGACGAAUGUCGGAGACAAGACACUUUAACUCUUGCACCAGAAACGAAUUUAGCGUCGACAAAUGAAGUAGGAUUCGAUACUAAAAAAGGAGCAUUCGAAGUGGCCAACAACACACUGCUACGCAGCCAAAAUAGCGCAUUCAGAUCCUGGAGGGACGGUGAGCUAGAGUUUCAAAAGGAACAUAUAAACGAUAAAACUCCGGAGGGGAAACCGUCUUCGUCCAACGACAACCAGGGGGAAACGGACUUGUACACCGAUUCAGGCAACAGUGAGCUAACCAAAAUGUUACAUUUGUUUGUGCCAAGUAUCCAACAACUGUCCAAUGAGAGAGAAGUUUCAAAGCAGCUGCCGACUAUGAAUUAUUCGACCCGCGCUGCCGCGGAUCAAGGAGAGGGAGGAGGUAUGAAAUUACGCGCCAACAACACCCAAUACGUCGCUGGUCCGAGGAGUGUGGUAACAUCCAAAUCACCCGAAAUUAAAAUCAGUUUACGGAGUGUAAAAGAAAACAAAAGCGACCCGUUCAACGUUGCAAAGCUGGUGCCUUCCAAUAUAGGCUGCAACUCAGUCAACCUGAAAAAGGCAGGCGACGAGACCAGAUGUCAGGCGCUCGCCGCAGCGUUGAAGGGUGAGUCCUCCGAAAAAGUACCACACUUCACGGUCAGAGACAUACGAGACCACAGGGGCAAGCUGCAAACACCUAUACACCAAGUUAGAGACGUGCGUAAAUUGGUUAAAAGUUCUUAUCACUUUGUGUCGUUGGAUAAUAACGCCACCGCCGGCGACCUUAACUCAGAUCAAAAGCUUUUCAAACAGGGGUCUUAUCGAAACCCUGCGUCGCUUUCCCCCAUAGUAAUAAAGUGUCAGUCUGUGAAUACCAAUACCAAUGGGAAUGGGAAGCAAUCUGGAAAUCUAAUUGGGUAUUCUAAACCUAGACUCAACGAGGAUUUAUUUGAAGUUGACAGGUCAUCACCCCAGCAAGAGGGCACCAAAAGCGACUUCCACCAACCGACAUGGAGAGCGCCAUUAUACAAUACAAAACAACUGAAAGGUGAUUCUUCUGAAGGCCCCAUUGGACUUGUAAUUGAAACCAGAUCAGCUUCUAGAAGACAGGAUAAAACACCUGACAUCGGUGACAAGACAAAACCCGAGUGUAAAAUGUCCAACGUGGGUGCCUUCGAGAAAUUACAGGCUGCAGUCAAAACCAUGGAGCAGUUGUAUGUUUUUGAUAGAAAUGAGUGGAAGAGGAAAUCAGAGCCACACUCCAUAUUAUCAGACAGUCAUCUGCUCUCUCUCAUAUCCAGCGAGGAGCAUGGGCCAGAGGAGGAGGGAGUGAAUGUGGCCAAUGCCAUGACCGUGCCAACAUUUAACAUGGACAAGCUCAUCCGGAGAGACUCAUACCUUAACUCUGACAAAUCCCUGCCUGCUAUGACCGCUUUGCCCGUUUGCGAAAAGACACCACCCAAACGAGAGGAGAAAGAACCCCUGAAGACUUUUUACAUUCCCAUCAGCCAGGAUGUGCCCAAAUCCCUGGCUCAGCUAGGUGGAACACCAAUGGGUACCAAUAAUGUGUUUAAUGUCAGCUCCAUGGCUUCAGGAAAACCCCCCACAAAUAACAAUAACAAGGCAUCAUCACAGCCACAUGCUGUAUCACAAUCACCUUACUGCAAAGGCUUCAGCCCAGUGUCUCCUAAACUUCCGGUGUCAGUGAAAAUCUCCCAGCAGCUCAGAAAGGCAGAGGAGAGACAGAGAGAGAGACAGAGGGAGACGGCCAACAGUAUGAAGGCAGACAUGCCCUUCCAGUUCAGCAGAGCUUCAGUCGAGCAAGAAAACUAUCUCACCAUCCCCGGCAAGUCUCAUGCCACCAGCGCCAAGCAAACCGCUGUUUCCGCUGGCGGUGGAUGCGAGAAGACAGCAAUUUACACCUUCCCCGCCACUGGCGCCAAGACCCAGAUGGCCAGCCCACCCGGUUAUUGCGGCACCAGGAGGCAGGAAGAGACCCGACUUUCCCCACAGAAACGCUCCACCAUCGUCAUGGAGACGAGAGCCCAGGACACGCCAACUGCCACCAUCUACCACAUGCCCAUGGCUCAGAGCAUGGCGUCCACCCAACCACAGAUGUACUGCUUUUCCCCAACCAUGUCCCCACAAGCCAUCCCCCAGAUCGACCACUACCAGCGCACCCAGAGAAAGAUGCUCUUUGACCCCAGUACAGGGAACUACUACCUGGUGGACACCCCCGUCCAGCAGGCCACCCGCCGCCUCUUCGACCCCGAGACGGGCCAGUAUGUGGACGUGCCCAUGUCCCAGCAGCCCAUGUCUCCCAUGUCCAUGUCCAUGCCCCAAAUGCCGCCCAUGCCCAUGCCCAUGCCCAUCUCACCUUUAGCCCUGAGUCCCGGCUCCUAUGGCCCCACCUACAUGAUCUACCCAGGCUUCAUACCCGCCAUGCCCAGCACGCCUACCCUGAUCCCCACUAGAAUGCAGUCGCAGCUCUCCAUGCCGUUGGAGCAGGAAGACUCCGGAAACAAAGGCAGUUCCUCCCAGCCAGACUACAUGGACAUGGAGAGUCCUUACUACAUGGCCACAGGGUCUGGGAAGUCUCCCUUGGCUGGAGGCUCCAGUAUGGGCCACGUCCAGCAGCAGGGCAGGCCGGGGGUCCAGGGCUUCACCUCCCAGCAGGGACCACGCAUCAUCGCCCCGCCCUCUUUCGAUGGGACCACCAUGAGCUUUGUGGUGGAGCACAGGUAAACGGCAGGACCUGUCACAUGAUACGAGUGCAUUUUGACAUGCCCUGACGUGUUCUGUUUCCCACAUAGGAGUGACUUUUGACGUGUCCUGAUGUGUUCUGGGCCCCCAGUGCCCCUAACCCUACUGUCUGGACUAUUUGGUUCAUGGUCAUCAAUGCCGGUCGUCAUGGUCAUCACGGUUCUUGGUCAUCUCAACCGACAGGAUUGUUAUUGCCUCACCUUUCUGAAGUAGGCUACCACUCUAUCCCCCUUUCUUUUCUUAACUCUGUGUUACAUUUGGGAGUUUGGCAGAAAUGUUUACUAGUUAAUGUAGUUUUUUACCAUGUGCUGUAUAUUUUAUUUACAUGUUUGAUUUUGGGUCAUUUUGAUUUGGUAUUGCAAUACUCAUGCAAUGCAAUAUAACCUCAUGCAAUCGUUCUCACAGGCAUUGUCAUGAUAAUCAUUUUAAUCUGUACAUUGAAUUAAUAAUAGUAAUCAUGAUUGUCAAACCCACCCUCCAUUGGUUAUUAAUAAGAUUAGGCUCCAAAUCCAUUCAUGUGGGACCCCCAGCACUGCCCCUUUGUUCUAGCCCAGCAUUAACACACCUGUGCCAACAAAUCAAGGGUUGAGGAGUUAAAUUAGGUGUGCAAGUGCUGGGCUAAAAAUAAGUGCUCACUGAGAGGUUCCUAGGAAUGGAUUGGGAAGCAUGUUGUACACAUUUUCUUUGUCACAUUCUCCACGCUAGAGGUCUAUGUUCUAAAAUGCACAACUUCCGGAAGGGUGCAGGUUGUCCCAUUUAUUUCUUUAGCAAGUACAUGAGGCUUGACAGCACACUUGAACUAAGUCCUCAGGAGAAUGGAAGAGGGCUUAUAUCUCUCUUUGUAUCUUUAUUGACCUUGAUCUGAACCUGUACUUGGCUUCCUCCCUUCUCUCUGUUACGGUGCCACCUGCUGUUUGCUUUCUCCCUGUUGGUGAGUUCAGUUCAGUACAGUAUAAUCUUGAAUUGUUUUAAUUGGUUAAAAAAAACGAUAUGUUGCCAACAAUAUUAGCACUAAAAACAAUUAUGGUGGACAUUCUAUUUCCUUUCUGAACCUUGUUAUUAUUUUACUAUUGAAAAUGAAUGAGCGCUUGUCUUGAAUACACAUUAUGCAAUAUGUGGUUUGGUUUGAUAUACUUCUGCUGAAAUUGGUAUGUUGUUGCCUGUUUAUCUUGGGUAUUGUUAUUACUGCAAUGUCAUUAAGUGUUGACAAUUUUGCCCUGUCACAUUUAGGUGCUCUUAAUGCAGGUAGCAAGCACUGUGAGUAAGAGGUGGAUGUUUAGACAUUUCAUAAGGUUUCAUAAAAACACAACUGAAGAUUUGCGGUGUGGAAAGUAUUCUUGAUGUUUUUAUAGUAACAUGGAUACAGUAAUCUCACAUUUAUGAGUUGAAGUCUGUUUUGGACAAGUUGAUGGGGCUUUCGCUGUAUUUAAAAAAUAUGUUUUCUUUCCAGACCCCCUAUACAAUAUGUGCAAACAUAUUUGUUUUAUAUUGAUGUGUACAGCAAACCACAUGCUUUCGGAACUGCUGGCCAGUCCAUCCAUCUCCCUUCAUAAGUAUGUUUUGGGAUUGCUGUUUGAUAUUUUUAAAGGUCCAAAAAUAAACAAAAAUAGCUGCUUAGCAAAGAGCAAUUUCUUAAUAAAUAAUUUUGCUAGGACUGUCUGGGAGUGGUCUGAGUGGGGAGGGGAAAAUUGAAAACGAGCUGUUAUUGGCAGAGAGGUUUGGAACUCUCUUUUUUAUUUGUCUAUUAUUAACAGAUUUACAGCCUGGUGACAUCACCAGGCAGGCCAAAACUCCAUCCCACCAAAACAGGCUGACAUUUCAGCCGGUCUUUUCAAACAUCUCUUACACUAAAAGAGCACGAUCAUCAUUUUCACAAUUUCACAGUAUUAUUCAAAACCUAGUGUGGAAAUAUAGAAAAUCACAGGCCUUUAAAGGAACUGUCUAGUGAAAAUCAAAUUGAAUGACUAUGUUUUGUUGUUGACUUAUCCAAUACUCGUAUUUGUGGCCAAAGCUGCAAUUGGAGAAAAAAACACUAUAAACUUGUAUCUCAAACAGACCUUUUAAAGAGGAGGAUGAUGUCACCUUCCUGGGGAGGAUGAGCUGGCCAAUCUGCCGUCUACUCGCAUUAAUAUUUUUAAUGAGCGGUAUAUGACCACACCAUUCUGUUGUUGGGGUACGCCCACACCAACACAGAAAACAUACUUAAUUACCAUUUAUUUUAUGGAAAACUAUUUAACUCGUAUUGUAAUUAAUUAUUGGUCAUAUUUCAUCAAAAUCUGGAAACACUGGACAGUUACUUUAAUGCAGGAUAAUACACUUACACUAUUUACUUCCAUAAUUUCACCUGUUUUCAUCAAUCAUACAGAUCUUCAUGAAAAAAAAUAUAUUUGCAGCAGUGGAUUGUUUCAGGGUUGGCUAGGGAUGGAAUUUUUGUAAUCCACUACAUUUGAUGAGUAUUGCUGCAGAAAAAAAGGUUUAAUCUUUGAGGCGUCAUUGUGAAAGGUGUAUACUAAAUAUUGGACAGAAGGACUAAAGAAUGUUGUGAGGGUAUGAGCAAGUCUAAAAAUAAUGGUUGAAGGGAGGAAGAGAAAGCGAGUGAAAAAAAAAAAUCACGUGUCUUUUAGAUAUUGAGGUCUCUCCUUACCUCUGACAAUAUGGAUGAACCUAACGGAAAAGAAAAUCUAGAUUUUUUGUGAAACAGAAAAGAAAUUGAAUAUGCCUCUACUGGCCACAGGAAGUGUAGAAAACUAGCAGUUGAAGGAAACAGACUUCUUUAUGGUGUAAAAAAUAUUGCUACUGCGAAUGAAUGUGUUUUUGCAAACAAAUGUACAUUGAGACUUGUUUAAUAAAUUUGAAAUACUUUUCCAGAA